AUGGCGGGGGUGAAAUCCCGUUCGGGGCAUUCUUCUGCAGCAAAUGGUUACAGUACUGCCGGGCUCCGCGGCUCCGAGGCAAACCCCGGUUCUAACGCCGAGGCCGAGACCGAGACCGAAAAUACUAGUUCAAUAAGACGAACAAAUAUUAGUCCGGGACUAUCUCAAAUGCUUCCCACAAGUAAGUGUCUUGAUUCUAUGGAUCUUAUUAGUAUCAGGUUCGACAUGUUCAGAUGCACACAGAUCAAAGACAAGAGAUCUCACAGUGUGUACGUAA